UCUGUGCGUGAAAACUUGAGCUCACUCUUCCUGGAGUUGUAAGAAACUCUUUAUCGCGCGGCUUCUACCCCUCGAAGCCCCUCUCUGAUCCACGCUUUCCCUUUGCUUUUUCUUGCCCUUUUGUCCUCGCAAGUCAUUGCGCCGAAGGGAGGGGGGAGAAGGAAAAGGACGGGACGUAAUCUCAGAUUUUGGAGUUGUGGGUUGACACGGAAGUUACUCUUUAUAUUUGGCACCAGCUUGGUGACUUUCGAGGAGACUAUUUCAUGCAGCUUCGAUUCAGUCUGCUGAGAAAUGGUUGCUUGAAUCUGAAUCAUCUUCCUCUAUGGUUCAGACUUAAAGUGGCAAAUCUCAUGAGGUCUUUACAUCACAUUGUGCCAGGGUGCAUUGUGGUUUCAUAGCAAAGUGCAGAAGCAUGGAAUCUGAAACUGCAAGUACAAACCAUUUGGCUGUUGGCCUUCAUCGCGUGCUGCCAGCUUUCCUACCGGCAUUUCUAAUUUCAGUUGGAUACAUCGACCCUGGAAAGUGGGCUGCUAAUGUCGAAGGAGGUGCUCGAUAUGGGGUUGAUCUUGUAACAUUUAUGCUUAUUUUCAAUUUGGCGGCAAUUCUGUGUCAGUACCUGUCAGCCCAAAUCGGUGUGGUCACUAAGAGAGAUCUUGCUGAGAUAUGCAGUGAUGAGUAUGACAGGUGUGUAUGCGUUCUAUUGGGGAUUCAGAUGGAGUUUUCUAUGAUUGCAUCGGACCUCUCUAUGAUUGUGGGAAUGGCACACGCACUAAAUCUUCUUCUCGGGGUGGAUUUGUUCAGUUGCAUUUUUUUGACUGCGAUAGAUGCUGUCUUCUACCCUCUUUUUGCAAACCUCCUGGAGAACUGCAAGGCCAAACUCCUAUGUGUAUGCAUUACAUGCUUCUUAAUCUGUGCUUUUGUUUUUGGAGUACUGGUAAGUCAAGCAGAAAUCCCUCAAAACAUGAAUGGGAUGCCUACUGUAUUUAGUGGGGAGAGUAUAUUUAUGCUGAUGGGUCUUCUUGGAUCAAGUAUACUGCCUCAGAAUUUUUACCUCCAUUCUGCUCUAGUUCAGCAUUACUGGGCAGAGCCAAAAUUUUCUAUUGGUUCCCUGAUUCAUGACCACCUAUUUGCCAUUAUAUGCGCAUUCAGUUGCAUUUAUCUGGCGAGUUGUGCAUUGAUGAGUUCAGCUGCAAAUGUAUUCUAUAGUGCAGGCCCUGUUUUGCUUACUUUUCAGGAUGCACUGACCUUAGUGGAGCAGGUAUUUGGGAGUCCAAUUGCACCUUUUCUUUUUCUACUGGUUUUGUUCAGCUCUAGUCAAGCUACAGCUUUAACCUGGAAUAUAAGUGGAGAAGUGAUCUUGCAUAAUUUCUUGAUGGUGGACAUCCCGAGCUGGCUUCACCGUGCUUCAAUCAGAAUUCUAGCCAUCAUUCCUGCUAUUUAUUGUGUAUGGAAUUCCGGGGCUGAGGGGUUGUACCAAUUACUCAUUUUUACGCAGGUUGUGGUAGCUCUGCUGCUCCCCUCCUGUGUAGUCCCUCUUUUUCGUGUUGCCUCAUCCAGAACAGUGAUGGGUGUCCACAAAAUCUCUCAGGUUAUGGAGUUCUUGGUUCUGAUGACAUCUAUUGGAAUGCUUGGCUUGAAGAUUAUAUUUGUGUGGGAGAUGAUCUUUGGAAGUAGUGAUUGGGCCAGUAAUUUGAGAUGGAAUGUCGGCAGUAAUUCAUCUUACCUCUAUGUUGUCCUUGUUAUCACUUCUUGUGCAUCAUUGGGUUUGAUGCUAUGGCUAGUAGCUACACCUUUAAAAUCUGCGAGUUUGCAGACAAAUGCACAGGCAUGGAAUUGGGAUUUACGAAGGAAAACCGAGAUUUAUACUGAGAGAGAGGAGUCUGAUUUUGGUAGAGUUGGGUAUUUAGCAGAAGAACACAGCCAAGAGCUGGAUGUAUCUCCUUUACCUCGGAACUCUGUUGCAUCAGUAGUGACUUCUGAGGUCGAUUUACGAAUGACAGAAUCUGAUCAGGAGCGCAGUUUGAUGACUGUAGAUGAGAAGCAGCCUAACAUUGCAAUGAACUCACAAACAUGCUCUUCUGAAAUACCGACUUCGGUGACACAAUGCAUGCCGCACUUAGCUGCAUCAAAGGAGAUUUCUGAAACUAAGGCCACAACGAUUGAGGUGAUUGAAUCAGUUGAACCUGUUGAGAAGACUGUGGGAGUUGAGGUAGACCUCCCGACUGAAAAGGAUGAUGGAAAAGAUUCCUGGCAAGGCAAGGAACCAUCCAAAGGAGCUUUGGGGAGCACUCCAACUAUACCCGAGGCUCCAGGAUCAUUCAGGAGUCUCAGUGGCAAAAGUGAUGAUAGUGGAAAUGGUGCGGGUAGUCUUUCGAGAUUAGCAGGGUUAGGGCGUGCUGCAAGGCGUCAAUUAGCCGCCACUCUCGAGGAAUUUUGGGGACAGCUUUAUGACUAUCAUGGAGUAGUAACUCUAGAAGCAAGAGCUAAAAAGUAUGAUCUGUUGCUUGGGGUUGAUGCGAAGGUCGUUGCUUCAACGAUCAAAAUGGACACAUGUGGGUUGGACUCUUCUGCAUAUUUCCCUUCAUUGGUUGGAAGAGGAUCUGAUCCAUUUAUGAGCCCAAGUAUGUUUGAUUCUCCCGAGCAACAGAGGGUACAGAGUGGCCGAGAGUCACCUUAUGGUUCUCAAAGGGGAUCUUCUUCUCCAUGGUCCAACCAAAUGCAGUUGUUAAGUGCAUAUGCUCAAAGUUCUCACCGUGGAGUAGACGCUGGCGAGAGGCGUUAUUCUAGUUUGCGUCUUCCUCCCUCUUCUGAUGGGUGGGAUAAUCAGCCUGCCACGGUUCAUGGUUAUCAGAUAAAAUCAUAUCUCAAUCGGAUUGCAACUGAAAAAAGUUCUGAUUGUUUUAACGGCCAGGGUGAUCUGCCGAUCUCACCAUCCUUGCCCUUGGGCCCGACCAGCUACAAGGACUCUAAUGCUUUUACUUUGGGGCAAAAAUCACAGAAUGGGCUGAGCCCUGUACAGACAUCCUUUCAGAAUGUUGCGGUUUCUGGAAACAGAUUAAUGCAUCCAGAGAGACAAAAUUAUGAGCAUUUCUCUCCUAAUCCUUCCCAGAGUGUGCUGGCUUCGGCCAAUGAGAAGAAGUACCGUAGUUUGCCUGAUAUUUCUGGAGUGUCUGUCUUUAAUCGUACUUCAGGUUCUGCCAAGAAUGCUCGGUGGGACACUUCCAUUGGAUAUGGUCCAUCUGUAAAUAGACCGAGUUAUGAAUCAUCAGUAUUCUCUAGUUCUAUAUCUAGAGGGGGCCUGUUGGUUGAUGAGCCCUCUCCAUCUAGCAGAUAUCGAGAUACGUUGUCUAUGCAGAUGACAUCAAACUCAGAUACUUCAUCCCUCUGGUCAAGACAGCCUUUUGAGCAGUUUGGUGUUGCUGAUAAAAGUCGGACGUUGGGCAGCAUAGGAAGUAGGUCAAGCCCAUUUUCUAGAGAAAUUACUUCUGCUGUGGAUGCUGAGGCCAUGCUUCUCCAGUCCUUGAGACAUUGCAUUUUGAAACUCCUGAAGUUGGAGGGAUCCGACUGGCUGUUUAAGAACAGUUGCGGUGCUGACGAGGAUCUAAUUGACAAGGUUGCUGCUAGGGAGAAAUUUCUUUAUGAGCUCGAGAACAGGGAGAUGAACAUCCCUUCAUUGAAGAAUGAAGAGUUUGGUCUUGCCAGUUCUGCGAUUGCAUCUAUUCCUCAUUGUGGCGAAGAGUGUAUCUAUAGAGCUGAUCUUGUAAUAAGCUUUGGUGUGUGGUGUGUACACAAGGUUCUUGAUCUGUCGCUCAUGGAAAGCCGGCCAGAGCUAUGGGGAAAAUAUACUUACGUACUUAACCGACUUCAGGGAAUCAUUGAACCGGCAUUCUUGAAGCCCCGAACACCGAUGUCCCCAUGCUUUUGCCUCCAAAUUCCUGGAGUGAAUUUCCACCAAGUACCAAGCCCUGCCGUUGGAAAUAAUGAUUCAUUACCUCUGGUUGCAAAAACUACCCGUGGCAAGUGCACAACGGCGGCGAUGCUCCUUGAAAUAGUCAAGGAAGUGGAGAAUUCAAUCUCUGGCAGGAAAGGUCGGACGGGCACUGCAGCAGGUGAUGUGGCUUUCCCAAAGGGGAAAGAAAAUUUGGCAUCUGUCCUCAAACGAUACAAGCGUCGACUGUCCAACAAACCAGUUGGUUCACAGGAGGGGGUCCGCAAGAUUCCACAUUCAGCUUCUUAUGUCUCGUAGCACAGCUGAACUCUCUCUCUCUCUCUCUCUC